CAAAAAUCUCCACACAAUGGCCGACGAACCCUCCGUCCGGCGGCGCAAGGCGGAACCCAAAUCGAACGAUUCCCCAAGUUCUGAACCGGUUGAAUCGGAAACGGAAGUACUCAAGGAGCAGAUCCCAAAGAAGCCCAAGAGGAAAUCGCCGCAAGAACGGUUGGACGACGACGCAGCUUACAGCACAGCCUCUCUUUGUCUGGACAUUCUCCGCGUUAUUACCUUCAUCGGCCUCGCCUGGAUCGGCCUAAGCUACCUCAUCUCGAAUGGCGAGACCUACUCGUGGGGCAUCUCCGACCCCCCCAAGUACCUCAAGCCCGAGUGGUGGAUGAAGCAAUUCCGCGGUCCGGUCUACCUCACGCCCAUCGAACUAUCUGCCUACGACGGCAGCGACCCGUUCAAACCGAUCUACCUCGCCAUUAACGGCACAAUCUACGACGUGUCCUCCAAUCCGCGUACCUAUGGCCCGGGCGGGUCAUACCACUACUUUGCCGGGUGUGACGCGGCGCGGGCGUACGUGACGGGCUGCUUCGCCGAGGACCGCACGCCCGACAUGAGGGGGGUCGAGGAUAUGUUCCUGCCGCUGGACGAUCCGGCCGUGGAUAAGUACUGGAGCAAAGAGGAGUUGGAGGUUUUGAGGAAAAACGAGAGGGAGGAGGCGCUGAAAAAGGUGAACGAUGCGUUGAGGCACUGGGUCGAGUUCUUCAGGAAGAAGCCUGAGUAUGAGUUUGUUGGUUAUGUUAAGUUGCCUGAGGGUUGGCCGGGUACGGAGCCGAGGAGGCCGUUGUGUGAGCAAGCGGCUAAGGGGCGGAAGAAGAGGGUUGUUCCGGGGCAUGAAGGGAGGUAA